GCAAGGCUGACGCCUCGCCGACAACCCCACAGCCCCUCAAACUUCGUCCUUGACUUACUUCUUCCCACAAUAUCAGCACCUGUUCCAUAUUCCCGGAUCAUCAGGCGUAGUUGCCUAGAUCCAAAGCCUGCCUAUCCCCGCAGUCCGCCCGCGAGGGAGCGCUGUUGGCCGAUUACGGCGCACCGCCAAGUGCCAACGAGGCUGAGCUUUGCCCCACUACAACGAACAAGACACCCCUCCAUCACCUCCCCCUCUUUGAUGUUGACUCUUUAACGACAGGCACGUCAUCUCUGCGACACUCUCUCUCUCUCCUGCGACAUCUCUCGUCUACAAUCCAGAAGAAGGCAAGGAAGGAAAAAGGACAAGCGUACGCGAGCGGCGCUAAAUCAAACUACAAAGAACAGAGAAGGGAAAGGAACAGAUGGCAGGACAAGAUACCGCGGCUGACCCGGCGAAAGCGCUGGAGUGCAAGGAGAAAGGCAAUAAGUGUUUCCAAGCCGGUGAUUACCAUGGUGCUGAGGAACUGUAUUCGAAAGCUAUCUCCUACGACCCAACAAACCCCCUCCUCUACACCAACCGCACCCUCGCCCUGCUAAAACUCCACCGCUUCCCGCUUGCCAUAACCCUCUCCCAACAAUGCAUCUCUCUAUCUCCUCCCCCUUCCAUAUCCCUCAAAGCGCACUUCCAGCUCGCACAAGCGCAGAUCGCACUCCACCACCCCUCCGAAGCUCUCGAGUCAGCGAAAAUCGCGCAUUCUCUCUGCGUCGAGGAAGUGAUUGUCGGCGGGAAGGGCGCAAAUAAUAUUGGGCCGAUCACGGAGCUGGUGUUGAGGUGUAAGAAGGAGCUUUGGGAGUUGAGGGAGGAGGAGCGGUUGAGAAGUAGACCGAGCUUGUUGAAUGAGUUGGUUGCGGGGUUGGAGCGGGAUCGGGAGGCGUAUAUUUCUGUACUGAGGGCGGAAGGCAAGGGGAAGGACGUGGAAAUAGAGAGUGUGAAGGAGAGGUAUAAGGGGAAGAUUGGGGAGUUGAGGAGGACUUUUGAGUUGGCUGGCGUUAAUGGGGAGGAGGGGAAGAGGAGGAAGGUGCCGGACUGGUGUUUGGAUGAUAUUACGUUUUCGGUUAUGUUGGAUCCUGUUGUCACCAAAACAGGACAGUCCUACGACCGCUCCUCAAUAAUGGAGCAUCUCAAACGCUCACCUACCGAUCCGUUGACCCGCGAACCGCUACGAGUUGAAGAUCUAAGGCCAAAUUUGGCAUUGAAAGCGGCGUGUGAGGAAUUCUUGGAGGAAAACGGGUGGGCUGUCGAUUGGUAGAUACUGGUGGACGAAGUGGGGCACAAAGAAGAAUGAAAUCAGAGAGGACAGCAACGCGGAGACGAGGAGAGUGACAUUCAUGUCGGUUCAAUCACAGCUGGGAGCGAGGAAGUAAAAUUGCAGCCUGCCAGCCAGAGAGAAGGCGUAGAGCAGAGAAUGAAGAGAGAUGAUGGGGAUGAUUGUAUGGUGCAUGUACGGCGUUUGGGAUUUGAGCGAACUUCGAAAUUCAUUUCUGCAUUUCUGAGAGUGGUUUUCGGGUAUAUUUGAGGCCGCUCGCGGCUGUCUCAGCCAGUAUGAAAUGGAUUCUACUCAAUCUCAACAUCGGGACACUACAUGUCAGUGAACUGAGCAGGUUGGUAGCGGCGUGAAUUCUUGCUUCAAGUGAAGUCCUU